CAGACAUCUAAUUACUGUAGAAGGCCUCAGGGGCCUCAGGAGGCCCAAUCCAUUUCUGUUGGCUCUUUGACGCAGCUUUGAUGGCCAAGCUGCUGGAGAGCCUUCAGCGCUUGGAGGAGGAGCUCCACAAAGCAAUCCAAGAGGUGCGCACACAGGUGCGAGAGUUGGAUGGGCCAGAUGACAAGCCAGAGCAGAUAGAGGAGGCUGCAACCACAAGUGUGGAUAUAUUUCAGCAAGAACCUCCGGCUGUGAUGGAACAAGUGAUGCGAGACUGGCCCGGAACCAUCAAGCCUGAGAUGACCAUCCGUGCCAAGCAGCAUGCCGCAAUCCUGCACGAGACGGAAAACAGCGAGCAGCUGAAUUUGCAGCUAAGUCCACAUUUCAUGGAGCUUUCUAUGCGAUCAGGUGGUGUUGUCAAUGAGCUUUCGAGAGACUUUGUGAUAACGCCUAUGUCAAGAUCAAGCAGGGUCGACUUGGACUUGCUGGAGGCCCAGCAGCCUAGCUGGGGUGUGGUCAGGCCGCAUUCCAGGAUGCGCAUUUCAUGGGACCUCGUUGGCACCUGUCUUAUUCUCCUAGAUGUGAUCAUCCUCCCAUUGAGCUUGGCGUGGGGGUUUGAGACGGAGCCAAUGCGGCCGGCAGUCACCGUAGAGGAGGCGUUCCUGGCGGUCUUUGCUUGGCUUAAUUUGCUAUUCUGGCCAGCGGAUUUGUUGUUGAAUUUCAACACGGCCUUCUACAUGCAAGGGUCUUUGAUUACGCGGCGAUCGAACAUCGCGUGCCACUAUCUUCGCCGCUGGUUGGCGUUCGACAUUUGCGUGGUAGCUGUGGAUUGGGUCAUGGCAAUCACAACGAGCUUCAGCAAUGAUACAGAGAGCGGCUAUCUUCGGUCGCUGCGCUCUGCCCGCUACUUGCGCGCCCUGCGGAGCAUCCGGAUCCUCCGCAUUGUCAAGUCGCGCAGGGUGAACGUCAUGAUCGAAAAUUGGGUGAUUGGGCUGGGCCAGCAAUGGCUAAUCCUGGCCUUCAAUGUUUGUCGGAUGUUGGCCUCCAUCUUGCUGACUGCACAUUUGCUGGCCUGCUCCUGGUUUGCUGUGGGCACUGCUGUGUCUGGCUUCCGUGAGAGCUGGAUCGAUUUGGCGGAGAUUUGGCCAGAAGCAGGUCACGUUCAAUAUAUUCACGCCUUGUCCUGGGUGGUUCAGCCGCCCUCAGUGCCAGAGUCUAGGAUUUUGGGCAGCGGGAGCUUUGAAGAGAGGCUAGUUUCUAUCCUCAUGGUGGUGGUGACGGUCCUAAUCAUUGGCUCCUCAUUGUCGAUCCUCACGGGGACUUUGCAGGAGAUCCGCACCAUCAACAAUGAACGCAGCCGCAAGCGAAGGGAGCUGCGGACCUAUCUUCAUUCCCGAGCAGCGCCCACGGAGCUGGUGAUGCGCAUCAUGAGCUUUGCUGAUUACAAGCUCGAGCGGCAUUCGCCUGUCACUUACGACAGUGACCUAAUCUCCCCACUGCUGGACGCUGAGUUGGCAGUGUGGCAAAAGGGCCACAUCAUGAGAAUCCACCCCACCUUUGACCUUGUCAGCACGGCCUUUCCAAAAGUCUUUGCGGACAUCUGUUGUGCAUUGCAAAAACAGUUGUAUUAUGAGGGCGAAUCAGCUUUCCUUGCGGGGCUGCUGGCCGAGUCAAUGCACAUCACAAGCCACGGAGCCUUUGUGGUCUAUGAUGCGCAUGGAGAGGAGCUGGAGAGGUACAACAACAAGCACGAGUUUUUCUCAGAGGUUGCUUUGUACGUCGAGACCGUCAUGCACGAUAGCACUUUGCAGAUUGAAUCCUUUGCAGAAGUCUACACACUGAGUGGGACAGAUGUGGCAACCAUACUGCUCCACUCUCCCAUUUGUGCCGGCAUGUUUGUGGAGUACGCCAAGGAGUUUGUUGCCACAUAUGCUAAGACGGCUGUGCACCAUCAGAAGUCCUUACGUACGACCUUGUCGCGCAAUCUCUCGGUGGCAUCCUGGAAGCUGGAUAUGAACUGUGCUCAUCGAGCUUUGAAGGUGAACUCCUUCUACAUGGACCUGCACUUGCACAAAGAGAAGGUCCUGCAAAAUGUCCGCCUUUCGGGCAGUGAUGUCGGUGCUGAUCCUGUGAAGCCCACAGCACCGGAGGAAGCAGACACUCUCAGCGAGCAGAUGACGCCCAAACGAAGCCAAGCGUCGAAGGCUUCAGGGAGUGAAGUGGGCACAAUGCCCCUGGACGGCGACCUUUGGCACAAUUGGCCCCUGGAUAGUGACCUGCAGCAUGAAGCUGCAGCUGAAAAGCAGGAAAGAGAGGAGGUCCCACAUCUGAGCCGUCAGCUGGUGAAGAGCAUCAUGCAGGGGCAGGCCCUUGACGUCGAAGACCUGCAAGAGGCCUUCCUGGAGCUGCACCCAGAGCGGGGCUUGCAUAACAUGUACUCCCAGCAGAAUGAGAUGGAGAAGGCCAUUUGUUCUUGUUAUUGCUUGGCAGCCUUGGUGGCGGACGACUAUGAGACGUACACGGAGCCGCAGCAGGAUGCGGCCAAGCUGCACCGCAGCCAGUGGGAACAGCUCCGCAGUAUCCUGCAUUGGGCAGCGCCCACGGAGGACAUGCUGGAAGCGGCCUUCUUCCUGCUGGCAGUGCGAAGCAUUGGCAAAUGCAGGGCGGUGACACGGCAACUGCCUCCAGAGAGUCAAAAGCCCGAAGAGGCGCUUCUCGCCAUCCUGAACAACUACACCAACAUGGUUCCAUCCUUCGAGCGUCUAAGCCCGUCCGGCCAGUCCAUGGUGGUGAAAUCCAUGCAGCUGCAGCGCGGCUUCAGCUUCCCACAGAUGCUCCAGGGCGAAAACGUGCCGGCAAACCUGAUGCAAUUGCGGCAUUUCCUGGACGAAAACGGCGGUGCAGUCAUUUUGAAGUUCUAUGUGGUGUUUCUUCUGGGCUUUCUAAGUGCGCUUCAAGGAGGCCAUGGCUCCCUCUUCAUGACCCAUUCCAACGCCAAGAACAUCUACUUGGGUUUGAGCACAGUCCAGUAUGUGCUGGAGAAAGAGCCUGGAUUCCUGUACUGGACGUACAUCUACCAGCGCGGCACUCUCUUGAAGCGUGUUGCUCGAACAAGCCAGGACUUGGCGAUUCUGCGUCUUGCUUGCCUAUGCCGUGCGCGUAAUGGGCACGACUAUGAUGAGCUUCAAAAAGCUUAUCAUGAGUUGGAUGAGCAUCAACGAAAUGUGCUAACAAGCCAUUUCCUUCCAAGUGGCAUCAAAUCCUCGGCCAUCGUCUUUGAGUUCCUCCCACUUUGCUUGGAAAAUGCGAAGAAGAACCCACAUGUGAGCGUGCCUGGCCUUUUGGAUGUGCUGGUGUCCCUGAUCGAAGCAACCUGGGCUAGCUCUUUCAGUCACAAGAUCACGACCAUUGAUCUCUCCAACUUGGCGGGUUUCAUCCUGGUAUUGCAAAACCCUUUCGUCUUCCAGACGUGCCUCUCGCGAUCCAAGCUGCGGCUAAUCAAAGAUCAGGACUAUCAGCUUGAUCUGACAGAGGAAAAUUGGAACCGCGUGAACGAAAAGCCCACUGAUGUCAGUGCCGUGGCUUAUGCGGUCCGCGACAUUCUUCACCAGCAGAAGCAAAAUGCCAACCCAUUUGUCAGCAUGUGAAUAUGAGCCAGAGCCAUGACCACGAGCAUCGUCUCACGUGCCGGUGACAGUGGUGGUGAAGGUUUGGGC